AUGGAGAGAAAGCGAAAGCUGCCCGCCCGCGCGGCUGCGCGCGUCGAGCACAUCGCGAAGAAGAGGACAGCGACGCCUCCCGACAAUCGCUCGGCCACGCCCGCCUCUGCACCGACGCCCGCCCCCGAAGAGCCUCCUCCUCCCGCCCCGGCGCCCGCACAGCUGUUGCCCAAGUCCAUACAGGCCGGGAAGCCUCUACCGACCGUCGAGGACCCCCAGCCCGCAGAUCUGCCGGAGAAGGACUACCAAUCCGUGCAAGAGAGCGGCGUGUUGGCAGAGUCCCUCUCCCGCUCACGACAGCGAUGGAUCAGCGAAGGCAUAUUCGAGAAGUACUGGUCCAAACCCUCCAAGCGGAAAGGCGUCGUCAUAGAAGAGCCCAACAAUCCUUCCAAGGACACCAUGAUCAAGCUCGGCCCCGUCACUAUCACCGUCGAGCCGCACGUCUUUGAGGCCACCAUGUUCGCCGUCAAGGAUCCUAAACCUCCUCCGCCGCAGCCCGUAUUCCGACCCAUCAUGCAGUAUGGGCCCCCCAACGGAACUAUGCCGCCCCCUCCCACACCCUCGACUGCCAACUCGACUCCCGCUCCUCCUGCCUCGCUCCCCCAGCCGUCUCAGCCGCAGACCCCGGGACCCCCUGCCCCUCCUCCCCCUCCACCACCUGCUUCCGCCCAAGCACCUCCGAUAGCAUCCUCCUCGAUACCACACGCACCACCGAACCCGGUACCUUCCCCUCGCGGCAUGGAAGGUGUGCUGUCCCCGAGCACGGCAACGCCUCAGCCAGUCUCGCGGCCCAUGGUAACACAGUCACCCGCUGUUGUACAACACUCACAACCGUCGCCCUCGCCGAUUGUCGCGCCCGCCAUCGCGCCCGUGCCACCGGUGGCUCUACCUCCUUCUUACCCACCUCGUUCUCCUGCCCCAGGAGCUGGUGCUCCCACUCCGCCCAUUUCCAAUGGAGCCCCAACGCCGUCCGCUCGUCCAGCGCAGCCUGCAGGGACGGACCCGAUCAUCGUCACACUGGCGGAGAAAGCUACCGAGGAUCCCCAGCUGCGUGACCUCAUGAAGCGGGUGGCCAACGGUGCCGCGCCAAAAGAGGAACUCGAGCGUUUCCAGGCAAUCAUAGACCAGAUCACCGCCGAGAGUAAAAGGAAGGGUGGGCAACAGGGCCCCUCGGCGGACCGGCUGCUCGUAGACGGGCGGACCGUGCGAUAUUUUGCGGACGAAGUUAGGGUCAUCUUGGAUAUCGUCUACGCUACCAAUCCGAAGCAAACGUCCGCCGAUCUGAGGCCACCCGAGGGCAGCGAUCCUCUAAUCGUACUAUUAGUGAAAACAGCAUUGGACGAUGCAAAGACCAGGGACAUGGUCCGACGCAUUGCUGAGAACAGGCCGCUAUUCUCAGACGCUACAGACUUGAAGGCGCUUCUAGAUCGGCUGAAGAACAGGGUCAUAAGGGAGCGGGAAUAUCUCAAAUCUCAGGCACUGUCCCAGUCACCUGUUCCGUCAAAAGGCAGCGGCGCUCCCAAUGGCCUCCCGAGUCCGUCACUUAACAUGCCCGGUCAGGGCCAAAGAGUGCAGACGCCUCCGCAACAGGCCCUGCGCUCCAAAGGCCCACCUCCGGUGGUCAAACCAGACAUCUCGGCUAUCGUAUUUGAGUUUGCAGGUGGCAGCGGCGAUCGGUACUUGUUCCCAAAGUUUAGCAUACUAGAGUAUGUGCAGUCUCCUGCUGGUCAACAGGUGAUCGCCUCUUUCUUGAUCGUUCGCAAAGGCAGUACAUCAGAAUACGGCGGUGAUCCAGCCCUUGAUUACUAUCAGCCCGUAACGAUACGUCUGUGGUCACCUGCUGGCAAACAUCUAGACAGCCUGGCUAAAGUGGUGGCACCGCCGGAUGAAGUACAGCGGUACAUGGAUGACAUUAUGGACAACAUGACCCGUGCUGAGUAUAUCCUUUUGGCAAUGAGAUUGCCCAAGGGUGAUAAAGAGGUCAAGGAGGACGGGGAAGUCCUGGAGAAGGAGAAGCCGGAGGAGGCAAAUAGUGUGCCGCCGGAGACGAAGGAUCAAAAUCCAUGGCAACGACGGUCUACCUUACUCUGGAAAACGGAGAAACUGGCCAAAGCUGCGCCAUUGCGACUCCCUUCGUUGAAGGAUAAUAGGGACGAGGACGAGCGUUAUCAAAGCUUUGUUGCGAGUGUCAGCCGCAAAAUGCUGGAAGAGGAAGUGUAA